GAAUUUUUUUUCGGAUUUUGUAAAAAAAAAUCAAGAAUUCAUUGUUUUCAGAUGCCAACAACAGAUGGAAAGCAUGUUAACGUAAAAGCUCUAGCCAGAAGUGCAAGUGACUACUUCAACUACAAAAAGCAAUUUAGCAUUGUGCUCAUGGCUCUAGUAGUUGCAAAUUAUGAAUUCAUUUAUGUCAACAUUGGUGCCGAAGGGACAGCAUGCCAAAUUGAAAAUGGUCGAUUAAAAUGCUUGUUCGUUUUUUCAUGGAAUUGCACAGGUAGGAUUAGCGAUGGUGGUGUUUUCGCGGGCUGCUCUUUUGCCAGACCAAUGUAUAGAGACGAACUCCAUCUACCAUCACCGAGACCGCUUAAUCUGAGAACGACACCAUUCGUCAUUCUGGCAGACAACGCAUUUCCCCUACAUAAACAUAUCAUGAAACAGUAUUCAUUUAAAAAUCAAACCGCCAAGGAGAGAAUAUUUAAUUACAGGUUAUUCCGAGGACGGAGAAGUGUGGAAAACGCCUUUGGCAUUGCUUCGGCACGUUUCCGUAUCCUGCAACGUACAUCGGAAUUUACUUCAAAAAGAGCGUCGAAAAUUGUGAGCGUGGUGUGUGUUCUACACAAUUUCUUGCUUUCCCGAGAAAGUUGCCAUUUGUACGCCCCUAUAGGAACUCACGAUUCAUUGGCUGGAACUGAUGGAAGCUGGCGAAGAGAAUCUGGAGAGAGCAUUCUUGACGCAGAAGAUCUGAACCUUAUCGAAACACGGUGCUCCCACAGACCGUUAUUAUAAAAAACUGCACCAAAGAAUCUGAGUACACCAUUCGAUUCGUUAUGACGUCCAGAAUCUCUGGUCAAAAUUUCAAAAUCGUCGUACGGUACAAUUUUUAGUAAUGCCCUUUUGAAGGUCGUAAAGUACAAAAAAGUGAUAUUAAUACGACGAAAUACUCAAUGUCAAGCACGUUUUUCAGCCACAAUGUUAUGAAACAACUUCCAAAAUAGUUUUUACACAUUCCAAGUAUUAUAUUUCAAGACAUUAACAAUUGGAGGAAAGAUUUAUUCGAAAACCCACAGUGCACAGUGGUCUAAAUACGAAAAAUCGUGAUCGUUCUAGAUUUGCCUAUAAAAAAUUGAUUUUAUGUACUCAAUGUCUUCAGCAAAACUGUUUCAUAGAACAAGGCCUUACUUUUGGCGUUUUUGGUUUUUCGAUCAAUCCACCUAACAGUUAGAUAAAAAAUAUAUUUUUUCUAAUUUUCAAUAUACCGGAAUGCUGUCUUCAGCAAAGUUGUGGAAAAUUUUGAAAGAAAAACAAUUGCUGAUGUCCUAUCUGUACGUUGAACACGACAAAAUAGAGUUUUUUGUGGAACAACCCUUCUUAAAAUCAGUUUUUUGUCUAUAAUUUCGUCUGUAAUGGUCAAAACAAAGCAAAAUGUUCUAAGAAUUUAUGCAUUCAACUAAUCUUCCCUCAAGACUUUGUAAAAUUUAUUGUAUAUAUAGUAAGUUAAGUAUAGUUAAGUAUUAAACAUUGAAAUUUAGGUUUUUUAAAAACUAAGAAUGAAAAACGGACUGUUCAACCUCGA